AUGCUUAACCGGGUACCAGAUCGACAGCAGCUUAAGUUCAAAGAUGACAAAAAAAUGACACGAGGAGAAAUUGAACAAAGGGUAUCAAACGACGUAGUUUUGGUAAAAUGGAAGGACAGCAAGGCGGUAUUGAAAGCAUCAAAUUGUACUGGGGGCACGGCAACCGACAUAGUAAAGCGGUACAAUAAAACAGAAAAAUGCUACGUCGAUGUUGGUGCUCCAAAAAUUGUAACAUCCUACAACUCUUUCAUGGGCGGGGUGGAUGUUUUGGACCAAUCUAUGGAAUAUUACCGUACAUUCAUGAAGACCCGUAAAUGGACUCUCAAGGUCAUACUACACUUUAUAGACCUAGCAAUGGUAAAUUCGUGGCGGCUUUACAGAUCUGACUCAUUGGCUAAAGGCAUUCCUAAAAAUCGAAUAUUAGAUCUCCUUUCAUUCAGAUUUGAAGUUGCUGAGACACACAUCUGCACUCCUGACAGAGAUCGGCGCGAUUCAUCCCCAUUACUUGAAACGCAGGCACAAACUUCGGGCAGAUACAAACCCGCUAAUCAUCCGUCUGUGGGAAAGAGGUUUGAUGGUUACGAACAUUUUCCUAUUUUUGACGACUUGAAGGCUCCUCGCAAAUGUCGCUUAGAGAUUUGUUCAUCUCGCUCUAAAAUUAGGUGCCGUAAAUGUGAUAUUUACUUAUGCUUGAGUCGUGAUAAAGACUGCUUUUUUUUAUAUCACCAAAGAAACUAG